GCCACUAUGUGCCACAGCGCCUCUAUGCGGGUAAUGUGUGUUGUCUUUCGUUUUACAGAUGAGUGAAUGAGAGCACUGCUGCACUGUCAAUACGCGCUAUGGCGUCUCUCAGUGAUCAGCUGGAGGAGGUGAGGGUGAAUGCGGAAGGCAGCUUAUCUUCUCCAGGCUCUGCUCAGGAGAUACGGGCAGGGGUGGCAGCCAUGGCCAACAUCCCUCUCCCACCCUGCAGCAAAUAUCGCUACAUAGCUGCUGAAAGCAUGCUGACGGAGAACAAUAGUGGAAAUAACAGGAAUGAGUCCCUCGCCCUCCUGCAGAAACUUUCCACCGCUCUUAACAUCUUGGAGAAGUAUGGCUCCAAUCUAACCAACCCCAACAGGCCGAAAUACUGGCGUACAGUCAAGUACAAUAACCCUGUCUUCAGAACGACCGUAGACUCUAUUCAGGGUGGCAGAGCAGUACUUAACCUGUACGGCUACACCAAUCAGCAGCAUGAUGGCUUGAGCUUUCCUGAUGAUGUUGUCCAGCCAGAUGUUGAGAAGGUGGCGUCAGUGACUCUUGAGAUCAUGUGUCUUCGUAUGGAACUGGACAUGCUAAUCAAGGGUACCCAUUCUCAUCCAGAGUUUUUUGAAAGACUUAUUCCCUCCCUUACUGUGCAGGAUGAUGAGGGGAUCAGCACAGAUGCAGUUGUAAUCUCACCUACUGAUAGACCAUGGGAAAAACAAACUCCCUCAUCUGUGUCUCCUUCCCAGCCUACAUCUCUAUUCAGUCCAACUCCUGCUCUCUCUUCUCUAGUGCCAUCUACACAAACAGAAAACUGCACCAUAUGUGGCAUGUUUCCAGUGUCUGCUCACUGCCCUACCUGCACUCAGCGGCUAUGUACAGAAUGUGACCGGCUGUAUCACUCCCAUUCAGGACGGUCCACACACAUCAGGGUCCCUGUAACUUCCUCAAAAGCCACAAAACGGCACAGCUCAUCACUGUCAACAUGGCAGUGUAAAUACUGUACUACAGUAAAUACGUUGCAGCUGGUUUUGUGCGAAACCUGUGAUCGACCCCGUCUGUCCUCUUCUGCUCCAUCUCUACAGGAGGAGCCAUCACAGCCUUCUACAAUAUCUGAGUGGCAGUGUAAAAGCUGCACAAUGGUUAAUGCUGGCAGUAGCAUUCUUUGCGAGGUGUGUGAUCGCCCCCGUUUGGCCACCCGACCUCCUGUCGCGCCCUCACGUCCGACCACCUCUGCCACAGGACUAAUGGACAGCCAGUGGAUUUGCCAGUUUUGUACGUACGUCAACCACGCACCAUCAACUUUAUGCGAAAUGUGUUGCCUUUCAAAAUCAGAACCUGCCCAACCACCCUCUAAGUCCCUCCAACCCUUACCGGUCAAGGACGUAACGCCGCUUUCAGUCACACCUAAAGUCAUGCCCACUGAGGACCCUGAUUUGAAAAGGCAAAGACUGAUGAAGGAGGAAGGGCUUAAACUUAUUCAGCUUAUUCGUGAGGGAGAGAAGAAAGGAGUGAGUCCAGAGGAGGUGUAUACCAGCAUGAAUGUAUCGGGAAACAGUAACGUAAUGCCAUAUGACUGGCUGAAGGCAGAGCUACCGCAUGUGCUUGAUGAGAUUUGUGUGAUGGCUGCAUCCUGUCAGCAAGAACCCAAUGCACAAACAAACGAUGGCCAGGAUGGAGAAAAGAGCAAUGCUGUCCCCUUGUCCAGGGCAGAAGCCAAACGGGCCUGGCUGGCAGCAGGGGGCGAUAAUGAGAAAGCCGUCAGACAGGCUCUUAGAGACCGCAGAGUUAAAGUAAAAGAGCUUGGCUCUCUGGGCUUUAAUGAUGUGACCCGCUGUGAAGAAGCCCUAAGGCAGAGCGGAGGGGAUGUGAGGGGGGCUCUCGUCCUGCUGCAGCGCCCUUUGCUGGAGCCAUUCCAUCAGCGCAUGUGGAGCGACGAACCAGAGCCCCCCAUUGACAUCAACCAUCCGGAUAAACAGCAUGUUUGCCGUAGGCUGCUAGCAGUGUUUGAACUGCCCAGCUGGGGGCGAUGUGAGCUGGUUUUGUCUUUGCUGCGGGACCCUACAGCUACAUAUACACUGGAGGACGUGGUUCAGGCUGUGCGUGAAUCACCUGACAGGGACUUCAUUCGCAGGGUGCUGAAUAAGGAAUGCCCUAUCUGCCUGUCAGUUUUUCCCCACAGCAAGAUGCAGUCGCUGACAUCCUGCCAGUGCUCUGUGUGCUGUGGAUGUUUCAAGCAGCAUUUCACCAUAGCGGUGAGGGACAAGCACAUCAGAGAUAUGGUGUGUCCUGUCUGCACAGAGCCGGACAUCAAUGACCCUGAGCACCUUAACAGCUACUUCUCCACUCUGGACAUACAGCUCAGGGAUUGCCUUGAACCAGACGUGUACGAUCUCUUCCACAAGAAGCUGACCGAGCAGGCUCUCAUCAAGGACCCAAAGUUCCUGUGGUGCAGCCAUUGCUCAUAUGGCUUCAUCUAUGACGGCGAUCAACUCAAGGUCACCUGUAUGCAGUGCAGGAAAAGCUUCUGCGCUCAAUGCAAAAAACCGUGGGAGACGCAGCACGUCGGGCUCUCGUGUGAGCAGUUCCAGCUGUGGAAGCGAGAGAAUGACCCUGAGUACCAAAGGCAGGGUUUGGCCGGAUACCUGCGUGACAAUGGGAUCACUUGUCCUAACUGUAGGUUCCAGUAUGCUCUGGCCAGGGGCGGCUGUAUGCACUUCAGUUGUUCCCAGUGCAGGUAUCAGUUCUGCAGUGGAUGUAACAACCCUUUCCACACAAAGUGUGCAGUGAACCAGUGUACUGUGACAGGUCUGCAUGCCCAUCACCCCAGAGACUGCCUCUUCUACCUCCGAGACUGGGAGCCUGCCAGGCUUCAGGCCUUACUGCAGAAAAAGGCGGUGAUCUACAAUACUGAAACUGCAACAGGAGCACAGACUGGUGUGUGUGGAGUGAUCGAGCAGAAAGAUGAAGGGCCUCGUCCGACUGAUUCGCCAUGCGGUGCUCAAACUCAGCCGGGACAGGCAGGACUCUGCGAGAAGCAUUAUCGAGAGUACCUGGUCAGCCUCAUUAAUGGACAUUCUAUUGACCCCGCCCUCCUUUACACUCUUGAUGAGCUGAUCGUGGCCUGCAGGAGAUACCAUGUGGACGUCACACUGGGGGAAGGAGAAGAUGAGAGAGCAUAUAUUGCCAGACUUAAGAAACUCAUGGAUGACGUGCCUCUGGGUGACAAGGUCCUUCGCAAGAAGUGAAGACGUUUUUACUUUGUUCAUUUGACCUGUGCUGACUAUUUUACCCACUUGCGCCUGUAGCUCUGCUUUAUGAUCUGAGCUUAGAGGCUGACAGAAUUUUAACACAGUGCUUCCCUGUUCUCAAUGUGAUGUAGUUGCACACAUUUGCACAAUGCACACACUGGUUUUUUCUUUUUCUUAAGGUUUUGUGAUGGGAAAUUCUCCAUUUUAAUCAUGUUUUGAUUUUAAUCACCCUCUAAUAGCGUUAUAGCUGUAACUUGAUAAAAACAGACUAAGACAAAACACUCUGACAGCUAUAGUGAAACAUUUAUUGUUUCUGUGAAUGCAUGUAAACAAGUUUUAUUUAGUACAUUUUCAAGUUAAAAGACGGACAAAAAUCGUAAAACAACUGCAUUUUAAAUAAUUGUUAUGAGUUCACUUUCUGUUGAUUGUACCUCAGGCUGUUCAUUAUCAGUUUAUUCAACCAAAUUAAAACAAAAACAAAAUCUGCACGUCAAAAGACGUACAAUCAUGGGUUUAUAUGUACAUAUAUAUGAUUAAACAUAAUUUCUAAAAUGUU